CCGGAUUUUUUCGUACAACGUGUGCACCGGUCCGCUGCAUGGCAUCCAGAGGUGAUGGCAUCCAGCUGCUUCUCCAAGCCGAGAAGCUUGCAAGUGAUAAAGUGAACGAAGCUAAAAGACGUAAAGCAAAGCGGUUGAAAGAGGCGAAAUUAGAAGCACAGGCGGAGAUUGAUGCUGAGAGAGCGGAACGAGAAAGGCAUUUCAAGAUGUGCGAAGAGCGGGACCACAAAGCAGGACUGCAUUACAAAUGCACAAAGGUUGCCGAGGAUUUGUCAAAAUCACACAACUGCAACAUCGACUCAGAUGUGGUGUGUUUGGCGACGGAAACCCUGUUUCGGUACUACGAGGUACUUGCAACGGAUCUGGAAGCAUUCGCGAAACACGGCAGAAGAACGGUAAUCAAUGUGGAGGAUGUGCUCUUGUUUGUUCGACGCAAUCCUCAACUGGUAAAGAUUUUGAAGGAGUCAUACAAGUGCGACAAAAAACCUGGAUCUCCUACUCGAAUAGAAGACAAGCAGCGGACAAUCACAACACGGGUUGAUGAGAUGGAUCCACAAACCAAGGAACAAUCACGUUCAACUGAAACUCUAACCGAUUGGUUUACGGGGGAUUGACGAUAUAAACACUGUCAAAAACCGAUGUGUACACAAUUUGUUUGCGCAGAAUGUAAUGUGAGAUAACCCGCCAGUCGGUUUCAAUGCCUUAAUAGGGAAACAGAACGUGACGAGUUACGUCAGUUGGAGCCAAAUGUAGAGAACGACAAUUAUACCUCAUCAUACUAGAUCCCCAUUACUCAUUAGUAACGACAAUUUCGCAUUACUCUGCUUUUAAACUGCUUGUUGGAUACGUUUCAAUUAAGUAAAGUAUGACUCAGCGGUCUUCCCAUCGCUGUACAGCAAUGUCCUUUAAACAUCUCG